UUUCUCAAAUACGAUUUAAUAAAUGUUGGGCUUUCCAUUUACAACACUCAUAAAUCUUAAGAAUACAAUUGACGACCUCACCGGAAUUUGCGAAACUUAACACGUGACAAGGAACUUUUUUAAAAUCUGCAAGUCUCGAGGAAUUAGGUUUAGUUACCGCUUUUAUUGUUCGAAUUACCUGUUCACAUAUCAGACUCGUUUUCAGCGAGUGGAUAGAUUCGUUUACUUGGAUAUUAAAUAGCAAUGUUUAUUCCAUUAUACUGUAUCUUAUGUGGCCUUGUUCAAAUUUCUUUGGGAAGCACAAGCAAUGAAGCUAAACACUAUCAUAAGAUUUUGAAAUCUUUAAACAAUGCCACCGAAUUUAAUGUUAAAGCCUUGGACGUGCUUCUAGAGAAGUUGAAUCUUGAACAUUGUAAAUAUGAACCCACUAGAGAAGAAUCAUGUCCAGAGAAAUGUGGCCCUCCUGAGCAUAUAUUCCUGACACAUGGAUUCGGCAACAACCUUACUACAACUGAAUUCGGUAAAUUGUCAACAACCCUACUCUACUAUUUGCUGCCUGAAAAGAAUUCUGGGUCAAACUCGGACACUUGUAAACGCGGACACGGAGAUGGCGCCCACGUAUCAACGUAUGAUCGACUUUUGAAAAAGUACAAGACGAGUGGGAAUAUAUGCGUCCGUUUUUUAAACCGAAUUUUACAAGAUGUCAAAGAAAAGUUCAGCAAAAGCCAGGCUUUGCAAAAGCCAUGUUUUUCUGCUGAAAGUAUUUUCAGAGAAAUUGGUUUAUCACCUAAGACCAAUGAAAUUAGCAGAAGUCAAUUUUCAAACAUGAGCAUUGUGAUUAUAUCAUAUCUAUCGGAUGGACAUUGUCUUGAGGUUAAUAACGAAGAAGAUCUUCCAUGUAAAUCAUAUUUUACCUCUGAUAUUUUCCAACAUUUUGGUGGAGGAGCAAAUAAGAUGUCAUUUGAAGGAUUUAAGGAAAUAUUGGAGACUAUUGGUCUUGGUAGUGAAGCUGAACAUCACAGCAAUGAUGAGAAAAAUGAGCACUACCAUGACCAUGGCCAUAGCCAUGAGGAAACACGCAUCCUUAGAAAACGGGAUAAUUUGAAUCAUAUGCCAAUAAAAACUGAACAGUGCUACUCAGCAGAUGAUUUGGCAACAAUUUUUGCAGUCAAUAAAAGUGAUGGUGUGGAUAGAAUUAAAUUCAUGGAGAUAUGUCCAGCAAUGAUUCAACAGCUUGAGUCUGGAAUCUGUAAGCUUAAAGCUGAGAAAAUAGGUUCAGCUCGUGACUCUACUCAUGAUGAAAUGGUCUGGCUGUAUGGUUUUUUGUCAGUGUUUGUUAUCAGUUUGCUAUCGCUUGCUGGCGUUGCCGUCAUCCCUUCAAUGGCUGGACAGAUGUACAAGAAGAUUAUCAUUGUUCUAAUUGGGUUAGCUAUUGGAACUCUUGCUGGAGAUGCAUUACUUCAUCUUAUACCACAUGCAACUGGUUUUCAUGACGGUGACCAUGGUGAUCAUGGAUCGAAACAUGACAAACAUGGUUCAGAAGAAGGGCAUCAUAAGACGAUAAUAUGGAGAUUCUUGGUCGUUGCGUUUGGCGUUUAUGGCUUUUUCGUGUUCGAGACAUUGUCUUGUUUGUUUUUACAAUCUACUGGACAAAAAUACUCUCAUUUAGAGCACUCACAAAAGGACAGUCAAUUUAAAAGGCAUAAUACUUGUCGAGAUAGUAAACGUCUUGAAUUGCUACUGGCAACCUCUCCCUAUCCUCUAAGUCCAACAGAUAGUAAAGAUGAAACAAAGGUUAAUUUUAAUCAGGCAAAGGGAAAAGCUGAGGAACAUCGCUCAAAAGAUGAUGAACGUGAGGAAGAAAAUAUCGCCGCUUUGGUGAAACAUUCAUUUGAAUCUACAAAGAAAUCAAUUAAGUCUUUUGGAAAGAUGAUUCUUAUUGGAGAUACAUUACAUAAUAUAACAGAUGGCAUUGCUAUUGGAGCUGCCUUCACUCAAGAUAUUGCUGGAGGAUUGAGUACUAGUAUAGCUGUGUUUUGUCAUGAGCUACCACAUGAACUAGGUGAUUUUGCUGCGUUGUUAUCAUCAGGAAUGUCUGCAAAACAAGCCCUAUUGGCCAACUUUUUAUCCGCUUGCUCAAGUUUUAUUGGCCUUAUCAUUGGUAUUUUGAUUGGUCAGAAAACCAGUGAGGGAAAUCAGUGGAUAUUUGCUAUAAUGGGCGGGAUGUUUUUAUAUAUUGCAUUGGUCGACAUGUUGCCGGAGUUGAUGCACAGCAAAGAACUCGGUGGUACGAGCAAGCUGCAAGUCUUUAUGUUGCAAAAUACGGGGAUUUUAUGUGGAUUUACCCUCAUGUUUUUCAUUGCAUAUUUUGAAGAAGAUCUUGUCAUAUCUUGAAUGUGAAAGGUUUUCAUUGAUAUCAAUGAAGAUAGUAUAAUUCUCACAGCGGACUAGGGAGAAGGGUAUUUGAUGGUGUGACUAGUUUGGUUGAAACGUGUUCUUUUUUGAGUUUACAUAUUAUUAAUGAAACGCAGAUUAUGUUUUUAACGAAAGAUGUAAUUUAAUCAUAAUACAUGACAUAAUAAUCUGA